CGACCAUAAAUCACAAGCACAAUCUCCUCGAUUCCCUUUACUCUCAUUUUCCUUUCUCCAAUAUGUUCUUCCCUGCUGUUCCGAUUCCAUGCCGUUCUUCAAUCUAAUCAACUUCGGAAUCUGCGCAGUUUCUGCGGAUCAAUUGUGUUUCAGAUGGGUAGUAGCAAGAACAGAUGGAGAUUUACUCUCCUCCGAUCACCCACCAAUCACAGAAAACCAUCACCACCGCCGGAAUUCAUCUGUCCCAUAUCCGGUGAGCUAAUGGCAGACCCUGUUAUAGUUUCCUCCGGCCAAACAUUCGAGCGGAAUUGCGUCCUCGCGUGUAUUUCCCUCUCCUUCAAACCCACCACCUUCCUCGCCACCGUCGACUUCACCACCAUCAUCCCUAAUCUCGCUCUCAAAUCCGCCAUCAUUAAUUGGUGUAGGACUAAUUCCUUCUUACCGAUCCCUCAGCCGAUUGAUAUCCGUUCCGCUUUGAAAAUCGUGCAAACGUUAAUGAAGGAUUCCCCUGAUUUCCCGUUAAUUCGUUUAUCCAGUUGCUUGUCGUCGACAUCGGAGGAUUCGGUGGUUGCGGCUGCAGCUGACUCGUGUUCCACUACUCCUCUGCCGUUGUUAACAACUCGUCCUUUUUGUUACUCAUCUUCUUCAUCCUCUGAAAUCGACAACUCCAUUGAAGAAGAUGAAGAAAUUUUUUGUAAGCUCAGAAGCGGGUUGACGUCGAAUCAGGAAGAAGCAGUGGAUUCCUUGAGAAAAAUCACACGAAUGAAACUGGAAUCCCGGAUCCAUCUCUGUACGCCGAGAUUACUCUCGGCGCUCCGGCAUCUAAUCGUGUCAAAAUACUCUUCCGUUCAAGUGAACUCCGUCGCGGCGUUGGUAAACUUAUCAUUAGAAAACGCGAACAAAGUGAAAAUCGUAAGAUCAGGAAUCGUCCCACCGUUAAUCGACGUAUUAAGAGGCGGAUUCCCGGAGGCACAAGACCAUGCCGCCGGCGCGUUAUUCAGCUUAGCUCUCGACGAUCAGAACAAAACCGCCAUCGGCGUUCUUGGCGCUUUACCCCCAUUACUCCACGCCCUCCGCUCCGGCUCCGACAGGUCCCGCCAUGACUCCGCCUUAGCUCUAUACCACUUAUCUCUCGUUCAAAGCAACCGUGCAAAGCUGGUGAAACUCGGGUCAGUUCAAUUAUUUCUAAACAUGGUGAAAUCCGGUCAUAUGACUGGUCGGGUCAUGUUGGUUCUCGGCAAUUUAGCUACCAGCAUCGAGGGCCGGGCGGCAAUGUUGGACGGAGGCGCGGUGGAAUGCUUACUCCGGUUACUGAGUCAGGCAGAAUUUGACUCUGAGUCGACUCGAGAAUGUUGUUUGGGAGCGUUAUAUGGGCUGAGUCAAGGCGGGUUGAGGUUCAAAGGGCUUGCAAAAGAGGCCGGAGCCGAAGAAUUGCUAAUCAAAGAAGAGGAGACAGGGAGUGAACGGUGUAAAGAGAAGGCAAAGAAAAUCUUGGAGGUGAUGAGACAGAAAUAUGAGGAGGAAGAGACGGUGGAUUGGGAGGCGUUGCUCAAUUCCGACGAGUUGACUCGGUCACGAUAUGAACUUGUUUAUGGGAAAGGGUAAACUCGUUUCAUAAUUGGACAUAUGUUUUUAUGGGCAGUUUUUGGGUUUUGUUUUUUGUGAUCAUUUUUAUGUAAUUUGGGGAACCCUUUUGUUUAUGUGUGCAUAGAAAAAAAAAACAUAGUGGUGUAAAUAAAGAUUUUCAAAUGGAUUCGGAUUGUUGCCCACCCGUUUGAAUGUGGUGGUGCUUGGGGUCUCCAAAGUGUCGUAAGACUGCAUGCAUGCAUGCAUUCUGAAUGAGAAUUCACAAGUGAGGUCUAAUGUUUCGGUUAUAAGUUGUAUGGAGAAUUCAUAAUUGAGGUCUUGGGUUAUAGUUGUAAAGAAUUGAAAAUUCACAAGUGAGGUAUGAUGAUGUUCAGGGUAUAGUCAGUCGUAUAAGAAAAUUCAUCAGUGUGGUGUCUUAUGUUCAAGUCCAAACAUCAACUUCUUGCUUUUGGGAUAUUCUAAUUUAUCUUCUUUGUGUUGGUUGUGUGGCUGGGUGAUGGAAACACUAAGAAGUGGUAUUUGAAUUUGUGGUUGAGUUAUAAUUGUCA